UCCAGAGGUGCGGUUCCAGCACUUUGUUCUUCCCUUACACUCACUCGCCCGGCCACGGCAGCCCAUUGGAGAUUUGUUUACCUUUUGUAAAAGUGCUAAAAUUUUGUGAUUCAUUCAGUGGAAGUGAUACUGGAGGCUCGAUCCGCCGUCCACUAAUCGUGACACAGGUUCUGCUUCGUAUACUCACCGGUUACCGUUGAAAUGUUUGACUUAUUCGGCGCCAUCCACCACUUGCUGAAAAUUGAUCAGGUGAAAAUCGACAACUUGAUUUUCACUUUACAUUACCGAGUGACUGCCAUCAUUCUCCUGGCAUUCAGUAUCCUCGUGACUAAAAGACAGUAUUUCGGUGACCCCAUUGACUGUAUGGUCGAUGCUAUCAACAGUAACACGAUCGACGUGUUUUGCUGGAUACAGUCGACUUACACGAUUCCAGCGCUGACUGGAGGCGUCGUAGGGGAGGAGGUAGCCCAUCCCGGCGUCGCUAGUCGUGUUAGCAUCUUGCAAAAGAACGACGAGGUUGGGGAAGAAUACGUCAUCCGUCACCAUUCUUACUAUCAGUGGGUCGUGUUAUUUUUCUUCUUUCAGGCCGGAAUGUUCUACAUACCACGGUACAUGUGGAAGGGCUGGGAAGGGGAACGAGUAAAGAGUCUUGUAGCUGAGCUCAAUUCCCCCGUCUCCAGCUCCGAGAUCAGGAAGAAGCGGGUGAGCAUCGCUGUGGAUUACUUUGGCAAGAACCUCCACCACCACAACCUUUACGCCUACCAGUUCUUCGUGUGCGAAGUCCUGAACUUCGUGAACGUGAUUGGCCAGUUCUACCUCACUGACCGGUUCCUGGACCUCGGGUUCGCCAAGUACGGACCACGGGUGCUAAACUACAGUCAGGACUCCAGCAGCGGCCACGACCCCAUGGAUGAGAUCUUCCCCAAGGUGACUAAGUGCACUUUCCACAAGUUUGGUCCUUCAGGGACCAUCAUGAGACACGAUGCUCUCUGUGUUCUCCCUCUCAACAUCCUAAACCAGAAGAUCUUCGUCUUCCUCUGGUUCUGGUUCGUGCUGGUAGCUGUGAUCUCCGCCUUUGGUCUCCUGUACAGACUGGCUACAUUUUCACCCGGUUUUCGUCACCUCUUGUUGAGGGGCCGCUCUCGCCUGGCCUCCGCAGAGAAGGUGGAAGCUGUCUCCAAGGAGUGCCAGAUAGGUGACUGGUUUAUUCUCUAUCUUAUGGCCAGGAAUAUGGACCCGUAUGUCUUCAAGGAGUUUAUCAACACUCUGACUCCUACCUUGGUGGGGAAGGAGCACCUCUCCUAGUCCCAGACAUAACUAUGUGUGUGUUUCACUGUUUAAGGUGCCUUCAACAGUCUCCCAUUUGACUGUUUCUACAACAGUGACAUGAUGUCUGUGAUUAAGAGAAGAGGAUGAAUCUCGUGAUCUUCACAACGUAGCAAGAAUCUAUACACCGAGAGGUGUUUGCUUCUCAGUGUAUAUACAUAGAGGGAUGUACAUCUCUCAGUGUAUAUACAUUGAGAGUUUGCAUUUAAUCGUCUAAAUUAGAAAUUUAAAAUAUCCUUGACUAGCUGUGAACAGGAUAAACAUGCAGUCAUUUAUGACCACUUUUGUAGCCGAUAGUCUUGAAACCCACUUAAUCAUCCAGCUCCUUCAAGGAGAUGCCUUGAUAUCAGUAAGGCCUCUUGCUCUGAGGAACUGGAGCUGUCCUCAACAUUCCUAGGAUAAAAAAUGAUUAUCUUUCAUUCCUCACGACCUGUAAUACUCCACAAUAAAUAAUAAUAACGAUAAUAAUAACAAUAAUAAUAAUACUUUCUUUACGGAUGGAUUUACAAUUAUUACUUAUUCAUAUGUUGAAUAGUAUGUAACUAUGAUAAUUAACUAAGGUAGAUAAUAAGUUGUUUAACUCACAGUUUAUCUCAUUUUAUAAAUGAGUUGAAACUGACCAAAGGUAUUUGUUGUAAAUGACUAAAGAAAAUUUU